UAAGUGUUCCUAAAAAAUAAGAUAGAAACAGCGAUUUAUAUCUGCAUUUAAAAUCCUACAAACUUUUCAAGAUACGAAUCUGACAUGCUCGUUUUUUACGUGGUCGUUUCAGCCUUAUGUUUUCUUUCGGAAUGUUACCAACUGCAAGAAGAUUCUCCAACCUGCAGAAGAAUUGGAUAUAUAACGAAAUGUUCCAGAAUAGAUAAUCCAGACAAUUUGAGAAAAACUUAUCACAAAUUAUUACAAAAUGAAUUUUCUUCUAAAACUGAGGAUGUCGAAGUGUUUGAACUAACAAUGUCUCACUUUUCGUACAUUCCUCAUGAUUUGUUGAAAGAUCAUAACAAAAUAUAUAAAAUAAUGAUAAAUAGCACUACUUUAAUGUCUCUGAGUGAUACAGAAACGGCCUUUGUUGGGGCAGAAAAAAGAGUCCAGAUCUUUGUAAUGCAGCAUUGUGUCUUGUUUGAGGAUUUCGAUUGGAGCCAACUACGAAACAUGAAACAGCUGGAAGAAAUCGUGCUGAUAGAUAUUGGUUUAGAAUACAUUGAUAUUGAUGCGAAUUUCACCCAUUGGAUUUAUUUAGAGUUCUUAACUAUAAAAUACAACAGCAUUUCAUACAUAAGUGACCAGGCAUUUUCCAAAUUUGUUAAUCUUAAACAAUUAGUAUUAACUGGCAACAAUAUAUCGACGUUGAAGAGAAGCAUGUUUCCGAACUUACUCUCAUGGAUUGAUUUGUCUCGCAACAAAAUUUCUUCUCUACCAUUUGAUCUUUUCACAAACAUGCCAAAUCUAAAAUUGCUUAAUUUGGAUAAAAAUGGUUUUCAAACUCUUGACCAGACACUGUUUGCUCCCAUCUGGAAGAACAUAGAUGUGUUUCAUACAGCAGGUAAUCCAUUGAUAUGCGAUUGUAGAAUAAAGUGGAUACUUCUUCAUCGUUUUCCGGAGGCUGGAUUUUUCGGAAAAUGCGUGGAACCAAAUGAAUUGAAGGGAAGACAUUUGAGAUCUUUAAAACACUUAGAACUUUCGUGCUUCAUAUUUUAUUGUUUACUCGAUUAUUAUAUACUUCACUUUCAAUCCAGUAGUCAGAUUAUCUGUUGUAUCUUAUUAUCUGUUCUUAAAAUUGAGAUAAAAUGGACCAUAUGCCUAGGUUUCAGUUUAUCGCAUAGACAUUCAAGUUUAAAGUCAAUCAUGACUGUUUUCAACAGUGUUAUUUUAAUUUUAUGUUUCUCCGUGCAAUGUAUUCAAAUGAAACAAGCAGCCUCAUUCUGCGCAAGAACCAUCAACACAAUAUACGGUUACGAAAUAGAAUGCUCAGGAAUUGAUAAUCCCGAUAAUCUAAGAAAAGCUUUUUAUAAGUCUAAUGAAGGUAACUCGCUCACAGGAUCUGAAACGGUGACUAUAUCGGAUUCUGACUUUUCGUACAUUCCUCAUGAUUUGUUCCAAGAUUUUAAGAUAGAUACGAUAAUAAUAAAGAGUACUACUCUUUCCUCUCUCAGUGAUACGGACACAGCUUUUGAUGGAUUAGAGAAAGAUUUAAGAGUUAUCGAAAUACGUGAUUCCUUUCUUUUUAAGGACUUAGAUUGGUGUCAGUUGAGAAAUUUGAAAAGAGUGUUCCAUAUUCAAUUAAAUAACAUUGGAUUGGAGUAUAUUGAUAGUGACGUGAGUUGUGCUUCCUAUGUGGAAUUUUUAUACCUAGGAAGCAACAGAAUUUCGUACAUUAGUGAUCAGGCAUUCGCAUCAUUUGCUCAACUUUGGAAAGUAGAUUUACAAGAAAACAAGAUUUCAGAGAUGAAGAGAGGCAUGCUUCCGAAUCCAGCAAAGAAACUUUAUAUGAUUAAUUUAAGUUCCAAUCAAAUCUCUUCUCUCCCAAAGGACUUUUUCACAAACAUGCCAAAGUUGGAAAAGAUUAAUUUGAGUGAAAAUAACUUCCAUAUACUUGACGAGACUCUAUAUGCUCCUGUCUGGAAAGAAGUUAUUUCACUUUCGUUAUCAGGCAAUCCGUUGAGAUGUGAUUGCAGAAUGAAGUGGUUGCUCAAUCUAAAGUUUCCGUUUUCUACCACUGGAACGUGUGUGGAGCCAAUUGAACUGAACGGAAGAGAUAUAAUUUCUCUAAAUAGGUUAGAACUUUGGUGUUUCUAGAAAAAAAAAGCUCAAAUAGUAAAUUAUACAAUUGAAAUCCUUUUACAACAAUGUACAAAUAGCUCAAUAAAAGCAUUCCAACUA